CCACAUUUGCCUUCCAAGCCUUCCUGUUCACGUUUUUGUCAAGGUACAACUUUUUUGUUCUCAUAUUCUUUGUCCUGAUCUGAUUUCAUUCGUUCCCAUUCUGCAACAGUAAGCAGCACGUCAUUCUGCAACAGUAAGCAGCACGUUCGUGGUUUGUUCAGUUACACGUCGUUACAAUUCUGCAUCACAAGGACAGAGAGAGAGAGAACAAACAGCUAACGUGCUUACGGUGACAUUGAAUCUUACUUACGAAAAAAAAAAGACACUGAAUCAUACUGGCAGUGGCAGAGGCAAUGCCGUGCAAGGGAAAAAGGACUAGAGGAGGAGCCUUAGGAAGACGCAUCAGUACUUAUCUGUUAUUUGUUAAGCGCAAGAACUCAGAAGCCAAGUUGCGUAGGUGGUGAAUUAGUGAAUACUCAGCAAUGGUAGCUCUCCAAGUGGGCUUGGCGCCAAUCACAGCCACGAGGAAAAGCAGAAGCUCAAGGGGUGGAUUUGGGGUUUGGGCAGAUGGGUUUCCACCAUUUCUUCCAAACGAAAUCGAGAGAAUCAAAGACCCAUUUGCUCGAAAGCUGGCUAAAAGGAUUGAGCGGCUUCCCGUACAGAUGCAGGUUGGUGUCUCAGAGAAAUGCAUUAUGAGUAGUUGUGUGAAACCAUUGUUGGAGACAGAGAAAAAUCUGGUUCUCCUUCAUGGUUUUGACAGCUCUUGUUUAGAAUGGAGAUCUGCAUACCCAUUACUGGAGGAAGCUGGGGUGGAGACAUGGGCUGUGGAUAUUCUCGGCUGGGGCUUUUCUGAUUUAGAAAGGCUUCCUUCUUGUGAUGCGGGCCAUGUGGCAUCAAAGCGAAAUCACCUCUAUCAGGUAUAUUUAUUUCGAUCCUACAUCAAAAGGCCUAUGAUAUUAGUUGGACCAAGCCUUGGUGCUGCUGUUGCAAUAGAUUUUGCAGUGAAACAUCCAGAAGCUGUAAAACAGCUGGUGUUGAUUGAUGCAAGUGUGUACACUGAAGGCACUAGAGAUCUAACUAAGUUACCUAGAAUAGUAUCCUAUGCAGGGGUAUCUUUACUGAAGAGCAUCCCUCUGAGAUUGUUCGUGACUUUUUUGUGCUUCAAUAAUAUUUCAUUUUCCACCAGCUUAGACUGGACCAAUGUGGGCCGCUUGCAUUGCCUAUUACCUUGGUGGGAGGAUGCUACUGUUGGUUUUAUGAAUACUGGCGGCUAUAAUGUUGGCUCCCUAGUAGAAAAGGUUAAGCAGGAGACACUUAUCAUUUGGGGUGAGGAUGACCCGAUUAUCAGCAGCAAGCUCGCAGUGAGAUUACACUGUGAACUGCCAAAUGCAAUUGUGCGCCAAAUACCAGAUUGUGGUCAUAUACCUCAUGUCGAGAAGCCAGAACCUGUUGCAAAGCUGAUUGUAGACUUUAUUCGAGGUGGCAGCUGCUAACAGGCCAAUUUCCCUUCCAAGUGUUCAAAUGAUUCUGCUACAAGGGUGGAUGGAGGUGGAGAUAUAAGUUUGAUGAGAAUUAUGGUGCUAAUGGAGAUGAUGGUGAUGAUUUGCUAAUGAUAAUGAUGAUCAAGAAGAUAAGUUAUAUGUAGGAUAACCAUGAAACUUUGAUUGUAGAUCAUGUAUUGUUCAUGCACUACUGUUGGAAAAUAUGCAUUCCAUGACGUACUUGUGCCUAUUUUUCUAAGAUGUGAAUCAUUUUAUUUUAUUUUUAUUUACUGUUAUAUUCUCAUAUUUUUGCUGUAUAAUAUAUUCCGGAUCCACUAUUUAUCUAACAUAUAUUUGUCUUCUCA